AUGUUUGUGUCAAGAUUUGCAGUAGUAGCUGCUCUAUUCUUGAUAUCUUCGUUUGUACUAGGUUGUAAUGGCCAAUUGACGUAUACAUUUUAUAGUAGCUCGUGCCAAAAUGUGUCCGGUGUAGUUCGUAAUAUAUUGGAACGGGCUCAACAAAGUGAUGUUCGAAUUGGCGCCAAGCUUAUUCGCCUUCAUUUCCAUGAUUGCUUUGUCAAUGGCUGCGAUGGCUCGAUUUUGCUCGAUAAUGCAGAUGGCAUAGAGAGCGAAAAAGACGCUGGCCCCAAUAAGGAUUCAGCUGAUGGAUUCGAUGUGGUUGAUGACAUAAAAACAGCAUUGGAGAACGUUUGUCCUGGUGUCGUCUCAUGUGCAGAUAUUUUAGCUCUCGCCUCUCAAAUUUCAGUAACCUUGGUAUCAUAA